AUGUCGCUAUUCUUGUCACCCCAGACUGCAACUACUACUCUCAGCAUCGUGGUCACCGACAUCAACGACAACAACCCCACCUUCCUCAGUCCGCAAUACAACUUCGCUGUUGACGAGAAUGUGGUCAACGCACCUGUUGGGCGUGUAUCGGCAAACGACCAAGACGAGCCAGGCACAGUCAACUCGCAGAUGUUCUACUCACUGAGUGCUGAAAAAUUUACGAUUAACUCCCAAUCAGGGGAGAUAACUACUACCCAAGCUCUGGACUACGAGAUACAGAAGGUGCAUUACGUUCUUGUCAUUGCCCGUGAUGCUGCAGUUGACAGUCGCAGUGGAACAACCACUGUCACCAUCAACGUUCAAGACAAACAAGACAACAUCCCCAUCUUUGUGCAAUCACUCUACGAGUCCAAAGUUCCAGAAAAUGAGGCCAGUCAUCUGGUCGCUACUGUUAAGGCUGAAGACGCAGACUCUGUCGACAACAUCGUUUACCAACUGAUCGGCAGUGGAGCUAGCAACUUCACCAUCUCACAAAAUGGCGAGAUACGCACUCAACAACCACUUGAUUAUGAAAGAACGAACUUUUACGAGUUCUUCGUCACAACAGCCGAUGGCAUCAACUCGUUCCUCCCAUCAGCCACCGCGACUGUCAGAGCAUCCGUCAUUGAUCGAAACGACAAUGCUCCAGUAGUGAGCUUAUCCUCCACGGCUAUAACCCUGCAGGAGAGUACCCCUGUGGGAGACGUCCUUGUCACAGCCACAGCCUCAGACAACGACCCUGCUAAUAUGGCCAACAGCCGCAUUUCCUACAGCAUCAGCAGCGUUGUUCCCUCUCAGGGCAGAAACCUCUUCUACAUCAACCCCAAUAACGGCCAGCUCCAUCUGGGUCAGUCUUUUAACACAGAUACGUCUAGUGCCAACAGUUACCAGGUCGUGGUGAUGGCCACCGACUUUGGCACUCCACCAUUAUCAGGAACUGCCACCAUGAACAUCAACGUUUUGAGGAACACCCAGGCCCCAGUCUUCAACAGUGCCAACUACCAGGCCACCAUUGAUCAUACUCUGGGGGUUGGUAGUAGCGUCUUGACCUUGUCGGCCACUGAUGGGGAUACACAGUCACCAUACAACUUCAUCUCUUAUUCACUUGUUGGGGAUGGCAAUGCACCUUCCUUCUUCCGACUUGAUGGGGCUAACAGUGGCUUGAUCAUUGUGAAGGAUACUUUGACAAGGGAUUCUAGCCUGUCUUACUUGUUACGAGUUGUAGCUACUGAUGGUGGAAGUCUUGCAACAACAGCAACAGCAACAAUAAUCAUCAACAGAAAUCUGAACCGCCCCGCAUUCGUUCAAACAUCACUGUCAGCUCAAAUUGUCGAGAACUUCCCACUGGCUACUUCUAUAGCCAAAGUCCAGGCAGUGGACAGUGAUAUCCUAGCCCCUUACAAUCAAGUGACCUACAGCAUCACUGGAAACCAGGACGCUGUGAAUUAUUUCGCUAUAUCCUCUAGCGGAGAAAUCUCCCUGAAGCGCUCCCCAGCCGACACCACCAUCAACACAUUCCAGGUGACUGUGUCCGCUCAGGACAGUGGUCUUCCAGCUCCGCUUGCAGCCCAGACCAAUGCUGUAGUCACAGUGACAAUCUCGCGAAACCAGAACCCUCCAAUCUUCUUCAACUCAAGCUACAGCGCCCCUAUUACAGAAACGUCUCCGAUCGGGUCUUCCGUCAUCCAGAUCUCUGCAACCGACUCGGACUCAAAUCCCCAGUUCAACCAGAUCAGAUACACUGUUAUUGGUGAUGAUUCUGCCGGGACCUUCUUUGGUAUCAACCCCAUCACAGGACUCCUGUCAGUCAAGGCCUCCUUACAGUCUGAGAACGUCGACAGAUACAGUGUUCGAAUUGUCGCCACAGACAAUGGUUCCCCAGCCAGAAGUGCGACUUCAAUCGUCCUUGUAAAUGUUCAGAGGAACUUCUUCGCACCAGAAUGGCAGAGUCAAACCUUCACCACCAACGUCCUUGAAACACAAGCUUUGGGUGUCCCAAUCUUGUCAGUGAUUGCAACCGAUCGUGACCGGCAGACCCCACAUAAUGUCGUAUACUACCAACUAACCGGAAGUGCUACAGUGUUAGCACACUUCCAGAUCAAUGAGGUCACUGGUGAGAUCAGCAUCAGGACUCCCCUGACUUCAGACUCGUCGGAUCCUAAUCAAUACGUAUUUUCUGCUCGAGCAAUCGAUCGUGGUACCCCAGCAAAAACUUCAACCAACGAUGCCAGCGUUGUCAUCAAUGUUGUACGCAACCAAAACGGUCCUUCCUUUGUUAGAGGACCUUACAGCAGAUCCAUUCGCCAGGAUCUGGCUGUUGGGUCGUCUGUCAUUCAGAUCACCGCUGUCGACCCUGACACACAAGCGUCUUUCGGAGACAUUAGCUACAGCAUUAUCGGCAUCGACACCGCCCCGUCUUUCUUCAGCAUUGACAGUGUCACCGGACUGAUGUCACUGAGGGCUAGUGUAGCCACUGAUUCAACAACGGAGUACAGAGUGUUGGUACGAGUCGAGGACAGUGGAUCGCCGCCCAAAAGUGACCUCACAGUUGUGACUAUUACUGUCAACAGGAACCUUGCAGCGCCCGUGUUCAACGCUCAGUCCUACAACAUCACUAUACUGGAAACUCAAAACCUGGGAGACACUAUAGUCACAGCCAGAGCCACAGACUCUGAUCUUAUGUCCCCUAACAAUGCUAUUGUGUAUAGUGGAGUGGGAACUGCAAGAGCGCUGGAAUACUUCUACAUCAACGUUGUGACUGGCGAUAUCUCUGUUCGGCGCUCCCUAAUUGACGACACCACCGCGAACAACGACAGAUACACGCUUACCGUGGCUGCCGAGGAUCAGGGUGUCCCAGUCUCCCUGAGGGCCACACUACCUACAACUGUCAACAUCUACGUGAUCAGAAACCAGUUUGGACCCGCAUUUGCAAACACUCCAUACCUUGACACUAUUUCUCAAGCCACAGCUCUGGGAACAAGCGUCUUUAGAGUCAAAGCCAAUGAUGGCGAUCUUAGGUCUCCCUACAACACAGUGCAGUACAGUUUGAUUGGCGACGACAACGCUCCCAACCUUUUCACCAUCAAUCCCGUCACUGGACAGAUUACGACACGCGCAUCCAUUUCCAGCGACACCGCGCCCUUCUAUAGACUUCGUAUUAUGGCCUACGAUGGUGGCAAUCCCUCAAGGAAUGCUUACGAAGUUGUGACGCUGACAGUGGACCGCAACCUAUUUGCACCUGCCUGGGUCAACCCCUCCGGCCCCGGCUUCACAGCUGCAACCACAAUCUUCGAGAACGCCGACUUCAGCACUCCUGUCUUCCAAGUGUCCGCCAUUGAUAACGAUGCAGCGGCUCCCUAUAAUACUGAGGUUUACAGUCUGGUUGGAGACAGUUCGGCCAUGACCUACUUCUCGAUUGACCCCAACAGUGGCCACAUCCGGCUGAAGACCUCGCUCCUCCAGGACACUGCUCAGCAAUAUACUGUCCUGGUCCGUGUCACAGACAAUGCCCAACCCCAAAGACCAGCUGCCAAUACGGCAACAGUCCUGGUCAAUGUCCUGCGUAAUAAGUUUACCCCCUUCUUCCUCAACUCUUCGUACUCUCGUCAAAUCUCGGAGAAUCUCGCAGUGGGUUCUUCAGUGGCCCAGGUUACGGCUUUGGACAAUGAUCCACAGAAUACCUUUGAACGGGUUUACUAUGACAUUAUCGGAGAUGACGCUGCCCCAGUUUACUUUGAUAUUGCUCAAACCACGGGGACACUGUCCUUAUCACAAUCAUUGGUUGGCGUAGUCGAGAGUACAUUCUAUGUCCGGGUUCGGGCCUAUGAUAAUGGUCAACCUAUUCCAAGAAGUAACACCACUGUGGUCACCGUCACCAUUAAGAGGAACCUCAAUGCACCAGUUAUCUCCCCUACACUAUACGAGAAGGUCAUCCCUGACACCACUCCGCUGGGAACGGUAGUUGCUACUGUCGGCGCUACUGAUGCCGAUACAAGUUCUCCUCACAAUGUCAUCCGAUUCUUGUCUAGUACUACGAACUCACUGGCCGACGAGUUCUUCUUUCUUGAUGCUGUAUCUGGUGAUGUGUCAGUGAAGAAAUCUCUCACCCUCGACACGACCCAGAACUCAGUUUAUGUGAUGACCGUUAGAGCUUCUGACUCCGGGGUCCCCCCUCUGACAACAUCACAAGAAGCCCAGGUUCGAAUCCAGGUGACACGGAACAGCCACGCCCCAUUCUUCUUCCAGUCUCCUUACAGCGUCACUAUUCCAGAGAUGCGCAGUGUUGGGACUGUCAUCACUCAGGUUACUGUUUCGGAUGCAGACACUGUGACUCCUUUCAAUGCCGUGACCUUACGGGCUGUCGGUGACGACCUUGCUACAACAUACUUCGGCAUCAACCAGACUGGUUCUGUGUAUAUACAGGGAGAUCUCAGGAGCGACACACUCCCGUUUUACAGGCUAAGAGUGGAAGCUCGCGAUGGUGGCUCUCCACCCAGAAGCGCCACUGCACUGGUCAACAUCAAUGUUCAGCGCAACCUCUACGCCCCAGUGUUCAACCCAACACGCUAUGAAGAAACCAUCUUGGAAACCACUGGACUGGGAGUCAGUCUCGUCAGAGUGCUGGCUACUGACGCAGAUACAAGGGCUCCCCACAAUGUAACACGAUUCAGCAUUAGCCAAGGCACGUCCAGUUCUCGGGGACGCGACUACUUCAUCAUCGAUUCCGUCAGCGGAGAUGUAACCCUCCGACAGUCUCUAAUGACCGACACCUCCCAGGCUACAGUUUAUACCUUCAACGUUGACGCUACAGACAACGGUGUGCCUCCCCUGUCUGGCACCAACCCCGCUACCGUCAUCGUCAACGUCGUCAGGAACCGCAAUCCACCAUUCUUCAUUGGCAAACCUUACAGCGCCCGCAUCAACAGUACCUUAUCAGUGGGGGCACCUGUGUACGACAUAGAUGCCCAGGACUCGGACACCAGGGCUCCUUACAACACCAUCCAAUACGACGUCAUCGGCGACGAUGUGUCACCUGUGUUCUUCACAGUCGAGUCACAGUCCGGUCAAAUCAGGCUGACGCAGAGCAUUCUAAUGGAAUCGGAACUCAUCUACCCAGUGCGAAUCCGAGCACGUGAUGGCGGAAACCCACGUCUCACAGCAACAGCCCUUGUUUCCGUGAUUGUCAACCGCAAUCUGCACGACCCUAGCUUCCUCAGACAAUCGUACGACAUCACCAUUCUGGAAACUACUGCUCCAGGAACCAGUUUCAUCAAUGUCGUUGCCAACGAUGCUGAUGUCACAGCUCCCUACAAUGUGGUUCGUUACUUCUUUGCCGCUCCCGAGGAUCGCUUCUACCUCGACCAGAUCACGGGUCAAAUGAGUGUCAGAAAGAAUCUUGUUGGAGAGUCCCAGAGCUCAUUUACAUUCAGUGUACUAGCCCGUGAUGGCGGAAGUCCAGCGAGGAACAGCACUGUUGUCCCCGUUACAGUAACUAUCCUCCGUAACAAAAACCCACCAACCUUCAUCAGUGAGCCUUACACCACAGACCUCAGUUCCAACACGCCCGUCUCCACCAGCCUCGUUCAGGUAGCCGCCACUGAUGCUGAUACACAGGAGCCAUUCAACAGGAUCCGAUUCAGCAUUAUCGGGGAUGAUGCAGCACCUAGCCUCUUCGUCAUCGACGGCUCUACCGGCGUUAUCAGGCUCAACGGCAACAUCAACACCGAUUCCAGCAGCAUCUAUAAGAUUCGUGUCUUGGCUCAAGACGGUGGCAGUCCUAGUUUGUCAGAUACGACAGUCGUGUCUGUGAACAUCACCCGUAACCUCUUCCCUCCAGAGUUCCAGACAACAUUCUCUAACGUUGCAAUCACUGAAAACCAAGCCCUUGGCGAGUCCUUCUUCAAUGUUCUUGCAAGGGACAAUGAUGUGAAUAUUCCCAACAAUGUGGUCAAGUACACACUGUCUGGCAAUGCAGUGGCCAAGGAGUAUUUCCAAGUGGGCAGUCUGUCUGGUCAAAUUUCCCUGCUUCGCUCAGUGUCUGUUGACGGCAACAAACCAUCCACAUACACGCUUACCAUCACCGGGCGAGACAUGGGCAUCCCUCCCCGCGCCGCCAUCAACACGGCUACAGUGACGGUAGCAGUAGCGAGGAACAACAACGCCCCCACCUUCCAGGGCUUGCCAUACUCCAAAACAAUCUCCAGGACUCUAGGCGCUAGCGGCAGCAUCAUUCAAGUCACAGCUGUGGACGCUGAUACCAGAACCCCAUUCAAUCAGGUGACAUUGAGUGUUAUUGGAGAUGAUUCGGCGCCAAAUCUCUUCACUCUUGACAACUCUGGAACCAUCCGUGUUGCAAACAACGUCGACCUGGCCAAAGAUUCCGCUCUAAACUACAAGCUGCGAGUCCUUGCCUAUGAUGGCGGUGUCCCCUCACUAAGCGCUACAACAACUGUGGACAUCACUGUGCAAAGGAACAUCUUUCCACCCAUCUUCACAAACAACGAUGUCAUCCGCAUCGUCAUCCAAGAAAACACAGCAGUAGGUACGCUGAUCGCCGAUGUCAACGCUACCGACGCCGAUCCUGAUGCUCCCAACAACGUCUUUAGCUACAGCGGCAUUGGCGAUGGAGAUGCCACUACCUACUUCUUUGUCAAUCCAGUCGAUGGAAGGAUAACUCUUUUGAAAUCUGUGAAUGGCAGCCGUAUUUCUGGAUUCAGGCUAAUUGUUCAGGCCCAAGAUGGCGGCUUCCCUCAGCUACACAGCACCACCACCGUUGAAAUCAGCAUUCUGAGGGACACCGACUCUCUUCAGUUCAGCCUCCCUAGUUACAGAGCCAGUAUAUCCGAGAAUCUACAGGUCAACACUGCAGUCACAACUACUGUUGCACAGCCUGGGCCUGGCGUGAGCUACAUGUUGACUGGGUAUAGCAGCGGGCCUGACUACUUCAGUAUAGACGCCAGCACUGGAACCAUCUUGGUCAAGAAAGAUCUCAGGAGUGACCUCAACAAACUCAAUAUGUACUAUCUCCACGUUAAGGCUUCCCGUCAGUUCACUACUGGUCUUAAGACGGCUAUGACACAGGUAAAUAUCUCUGUCAUCAGGAAUGAGAACCCACCUGUGUUCAGUAGAGAGAUCUACCAAAUGACCAUUCCAGAGACCCGGAACUUAGGGUCAUCUGUCCAGCAACUAACAGCCACUGACGCCGACGCUCAAGACAUCCUCGCCUACUCAAUUGUUCCCCAGGGGAACAUCUCCGACAUCUUCUACCUUGGCCCUUCAUCAGGACUCAUCUCUCUCAGGACGAUUCUGGAAGGGGGAACUAUUAAUGUCUAUCAGUUUAACGUCAUCGUCAGUGACCAGUCGCAGCCUGCCAAAACCGACACCGCAACGGUUAUUGUAAGCAUUUUGAGAGACACCUAUGCCCCAACCUUUGUGAGAGAGCCUUACAAUACCGAUGUCUCCUUCAACGUUCCUGUUGGCACGAACAUAUACAACGUGGAAGCUACUGAUCAGGAUCAACAAGGAAGCAUUGUAUACGAAACAAUCGGAUAUCUUGCUGGACCAGGCUACUUUAAAAUAGACUCCAAUACAGGAGCUGUGACCGUGAGGGCGCCUUUAACAACUGAUUCCUCAUCGUCAUAUGUGCUUGGUGUGAUGGCCUAUGACAGCGCAAGACCUCUUCAGAAGGACUAUGCCAACUUAACCAUUGUCGUGAACCGUAACCCAAACCCCCCAGUCUUCACGCAGACCACCUAUGCCAGACGUAUUCCAGAAUCCUUUGCUCUUGGUGCCAAUCUUGUCCAAGUCACAGCCACUGAUGCUGACUCGCACUCUGUGCAAUAUGAGAUUGUAUCUGCCACCCCAUCUGAAGGAACGCUCUACUUCUAUAUGAACAAAGACACGGGAGUGUUCACUAUCGGCCGUCCUCUCACAGAAAUAGCUUCAAAUGGAUUCACAUUCAACGUUCGAGCAGUUGACAACGGUGUGCCUUCUCAGCAGAGCUCCACUUUAGCCCAAGUGUCCAUUUCAAUUGACCGCAACCAGUUCAGUCCCUUCUUUGUCGGCGGCCCCUAUGAAGAAAUCAUAAGAGAGAACGUUCCUGUAGGAACAAGCGUUCUCCAGGUCUCUGCCAGCGACAAUGACCCCCAGGGAUCAGCCUUCUCCAACAUAUCGUACGUCCUCAUCGGAGACGACUCUAUGCCAUCCUACUUCACCUUGAACAGCAUCACAGGAACUAUCUCUGUCAGAGCUAGUCUUACUGCGGAAACACUUGCCACGUACCAAGGAAGAGUAGUGGCUUACGAUGGCGGUGCCCCGCCCCGUAGUGCUACGGCAGUGGCUAAGAUCACUGUCUUGAGGAACUUGUUCGAACCUCAAUUCAAUGAGCGCAACUAUGAAACAGAAAUUCUGGAAACUAUCGCAGUAGGAACAUCGAUACUACAAGUCCGAGCUGUAGACAAUGACACAAGGCCUCCCUUCAACACAGUCCGGUAUGAAAUGCAGAGUGGGGUGUCUCAGGCUGAUAUCUACUUCCAAGUGGACAGUUCCUCAGGAGCCAUCUCAGUCCGAGCCCCCCUCACUGGCGACACCCAGAACCAGGCUACGUUCCAGUUCCAGGUGUUGGCGCGGGAUCUUGGCACCCCGUUCUUGGUGUCCACCCUUCUGGCUAAUGUCAGGAUCAACGUCCAGAGGAACAUUAACCCACCUUUCUUCAUGGCGGAGCCGUACAAAGCCACCAUCAACUUCAACACUCCAGCCGGGUCCAGUGUCAUCACUGUCUCCACCCGUGACAACGAUCUCAGGGCUCCUUAUAAUAUUGUAUCCUACACCGUCAUCGGCGACGACAAUGCUCCAAACAUGUUCACAAUUGGCGCACAAAGUGGAGACAUUUCCACCAACAGCCAGGACCUACAGUCCGACACUGCUUCGGAGUACAAGCUCCGAGUAUUGGCAAGAGAUGGCGGUUUUCCCUCGCUGACAGCGACCACGACGGUUCUCAUCAUCGUUGAGCGCAACCUGAACGUUCCCCGGUUCCUUACACAGAACUAUAGCGUCAGCAUUUAUGAAACUCAAGACCUGGGCGUUCCAAUACAGCAACUCUCAGCUAUUGAUCUGGAUAUAUCUAGUCCUUACAACGAUGUCACCUUUAGAUUGGUUGGUAACAGUCUAGCCCAGGAGUAUUUCGCCAUCGACCCAAGCAUCGGUUCCGUCUAUGUGAAAAAGGCCUUAACGCUCGUCUCCCAAAAGCAGUUUGUAGCCACCGUGUCUGUGCAAGACAACGCCCGCAACCCCCUCAUUGCUCCAGACAACGCCUUCGUCACCAUCAACGUCAUCAGAAACGACCACCUCCCUGUCUUUGUUGGUGAAUCCUGCAACCGAGAUCUGAGCCAGAAUGUAGCUGUUGGAACCAGUGUCACACAAGUCACUGCCGUGGACAGUGAUUCAACGAACACUCCAUUUGGUCGUAUCACUUACGACAUCAUCGGCGACGACUCUUCGCCCGUCUACUUCAACAUCAACCCUUCGUCUGGUCUUGUGACGGUAAGCCGGUCUCUAUCCCAGGAAAAUGUCGAUAAGUACAGUCUCCGUAUCCAAGUUCGUGACCAGGGCGUGCCCUUCAAGUUCAAUACAACUGUCUGCGUGUUGACAAUCACCAGGAACUUCCGUGCACCAGUCUUCAUCAACAACCAACACUCCGCCACUAUUGACGAGACUCUGCCACUUGGAAGCGUCAUCCUCACCGUCAAUGCUACCGACUCAGAUACUUUGGCACCAAGCAACAUCGUUCGUUACGAGGCAGUGGCUAAUACAGGCGACGAGGAAUGUUUCCUUGUCAAUGAGAUAACAGGACAGUUGGUUCUCCGUAGAGCCAUCAUGUACCCUCCAUGCACAGCAACUGUCCUCACCAUGUACGUUCGGGCAUAUGAUCUUGGGGUACCUCGCUUGACCAGUUCAGUGGCCAAUGUGACGGUCAUUGUCAACCGAAACAGUUUCACUCCCGAGUUCCUCAACACCAAGUACAACACAUUCCUUCCGGAGACGACACCAGCUAAUACUCUUGUGUUUGAUGUAACAACUCGAGACCGGGACACCGUGCCUCCCUUCAAUGUUGUCCGUCAUAGCAUCAUCGGUGACGACUCAGCAACCACCUUCUUCACCAUCGACGACGUGUCUGGACAGAUCGCUCUAGCUCAAUCCAUACUUCCUGAUACUGAGACGUCAUACAGAAUCCGAGUCCUGGCCACUGACCAGGGUACGCCCUCACGGACAGCCACGGCCACGUUCAAUGUCCAGGUGACAAGGAACCUGUUCGCACCACAGUUCAACCCUCUUAACUACGAGGCCGACAUCUACGAAACCCAAACCCUUGGCACAUCCAUCAUUAGGAUCAAUGCAACUGACAGAGACACCAAGAGUCCCUACAACAGCGUGCGGUAUGAGGCUACAGGCACUCAACAGGCCCUCACUUACUUCAAUAUCGACAACGUUGAUGGAACCAUCUCUGCUCAACGCUCUCUCACUCUGGAUCUCACCGAUACUACGAUCUAUACGAUGACAGUGAGAGCCUCUGAUCUCGGUACUCCAACCCAGCAGAGCACUCAGGUUGCCACUGUGAGGAUCAACGUCCUCCGUAACAACAACUGCCCGCAGUUCACCAACCUCCCGGCAAACAUCACCAUUCCAAAGUCUGUCAACUUUGGUAGCAGCUUGUACAACAUCACCGGUGUUGACAACGACCCACCAGGACGAUUCAGUACUCUCAUAUACGACAUCAUCGGUGACGACAAUGCACCUGUCUACUUCAGCAUCAACACCGUCACUGGUGCGGUCAGUGCACUGCCUAAUCUGUUCUCUGACACCACGACCAUGUACAGGUUACGAGUACGUGCCCGUGAUGGCGGCUCUCCUUCGUGCGAGAGAUAUGAAGUCCUCACCAUCCACGUCCAACGUAACGAACACCCACCCACUUGGGUCCCCAGGGGUGAUUACACUACAACCAUCUUGGAGACACACAGCAUCCUGAGCCCCAUCACACAAGUUUCUGCUGGAGAUCAAGACACAAAUAGUCCAAACAAUGUUGUGAUGUACAGUCUCGCACCAACCUCAAACUACAGGGACAUUUUCUUCGUCGAUGAUGUCAACGGCAACGUUUAUUUGAGGACCUCCCUCAUUGGGACAACCAGUAACAGUUAUGAGCUUUUGCUCAUGGCUACUGACCAAGGGUCCCCUGCUCUGUCAAGCACACUUGCCAAGUUAACCGUCAAUGUCAUCCGCAACGUCAACCCACCCGCCUUCACUUUGGAACCAUACACGCAGAACAUCACCCAGAAUGCUGUAACAGGCGCGCAAAUCAUCACCGUGUCAGCAACAGAUGCCGACCUCACUCCACCAUACAACACCCUGACAUAUGACAUCAUCGGUGACGACUCCGCACCAACCUACUUCGUCAUAAACCCAUCAUCAGGUGUGAUCAGCUUGUCUCAGUCAAUCUCAUCUGAUUUCGAUGACCAGUACCAGAUUCGAGUACGUGUCCAAGAUGGCGGAAGUCCGAGACUAAGUGACGUCACUGUGGUGCAGGUCAACGUUGAGAGGAAUCUGUUCCCACCAACCUUUACCAGCAAUUCGUAUGGAGAAGUUAUCUUGGAGUCUCAAACCGUGGGAGCUCGUGUUCUCAGAGUCUCAGCCAAUGACCCUGACACAACAACACCAAACCAGAUUGUACGCUAUGGUAUGUCAGGAGACACACUUGAUAACGCAUACUUCAUGAUUGAAGCCGUGACUGGCGACGUCAUCGUAAGACGUCCUCUCACCGAUGACACCCAAAACACUGUUGUGUUUACUUUCCAAGCAACAGCACAUGACCUUGGCGCCCUUCAACGUAACGCGACGCCCGUUGAUGUGACCAUCACCGUUAUGAGAAACCAGAACAGCCCCCAGUUCCUUCAGGCGCCCUACAACACCACAGUCACGCAGAACCUUCCGGGCGGGAGCAGCGUCUACCAAACUACUGUUACAGACAGGGACACUAUGGCUCCUUUCAAUGUUCUCGCAUUCGAACUCAUCGGCGACGAUUCUGCGACCUCUUUCUUCACCAUUAGCCCAAGCAGUGGUCUCAUCACUCUGAGAAAUGGUGCCGACCUCACCACCGAUACUGAAAUUCGGUACAUAGCUCGUGUUCUUGCUCGAGAUGGCGGUGUUCCUUCGAGGAGUGCCACGUCGGUGGUAGUCGUCAACGUCUUGAGGAAUUUGUUCUCUCCCUUAUUCACGAAUGUGGACUUCAUAAGGACUUCUAUCAAGGAAACACUAACUGUUGGUUCUAACAUUGCUGAUGUGAAUGCAACGGAUGCCGACACCAGGGCUCCAGACAACGCCAUUCUGUACUCCAUUGCUGGAGGUGAUGUGGCAACAGAGUACUUCUUCAUCAACCCUAACACAGGAGAAAUUACUUUAUUGAAACCUGUGGAAAAUAUCAACAUCAAUCUUUUCAGAAUCCGAACGAUUGCAACAGAUGGUGGUUCACCUAGCAGAAGUGCCGUUACUUACGUUGAAGUAACGGUUCUAAGAGAGACUGGUCGCCUGGCUUUCACUCUACCCUAUUACAGAGUGGUCAUCAGUGAGAACACAGAGGUCAACAGAACCAUCCUGGUCACUCUAGCUCAACCAGGGACUGCAACUUACCGAGUGCUUGGGAUCUCCCCAGCACCGACCUUCUUUAACGUCAGUUCCCAAACUGGUGCUAUUACUGUUCGCGACGAUUUGAGACGUGACCCUGCUCGCCUGACCUUCUACCAACUCCAGAUCGAGGCUACAGCAACACUCGACAUCAGUGUACAGACCGCCACAACGCUAGUUAACAUCACUGUGACAAGGAACGAGAACGGCCCUGUUUUCACUGACGACAGCUAUGUGAUCAGUAUCCGAGAUACCACUGUCAUAGGCACCGUGGUUCUGACAGUCACAGCAGCUGAUGCUGAUGGGGAUCUGGUUGACUACCGAAUGCUGGACACUAAUUCUGCCGGAACUUACUUCUACCUUAAUCCUAGAACUGCACAACUCUCGACGAAAAUCUCACUCCGUGAGCUUACCAUGCAAAGCUUCCAGUUCCAGAUCCAGGCUGGUGAUCAACGCGCACCAGAGAGAACUUCGAGGACCAAUGUCACAGUCGUCAUCGAACGUGAUCAGCAACGACCACAAUUUGUCCAAGAUCCCUACACGACUGCGGUACAAGAGACUACCGUUAAUGGCUCCACCGUCUACCAAGUGUCUGCUUUCGAUGCCGAUUUACAGGGCUCCCUUAUGUAUGAGAUUACAGGCGAUGGCGUUGCACCAGCUUUCUUUGAGAUCAACUCUAAUACUGGCGUGGUCUCAGUCUAUGACAGAGAAGCUCUGCUGUUUGACAGAGGAACAAACUAUAAACUUGUUGUCGUUGUGUAUGACUCCGCCUACCCUGCUGUUAGGGAUACAGCUGAGGUCAGUAUUGCCGUCCUCCGCAACAUCAACUCCCCCAUCUUCACCACCAACACCUACGAGGUGACCAUUCCAGACACAUACGAACUCGGAACUAACAUCACACAGAUCUCUGCAAGUGACAGUGAUGGGAAUAUUGUCAAGUAUGAGAUCAUCGGCGAUAACCGAGCCUUUGAAUUCUAUUACGUGAAUCCCGAUAACGGAGUUAUCUCAUUGAAGAAGCUUCUCACCGAAGGAUCCCAACCCUCCGAUACGCUGACAAUACGAGCACGUGACCAGGGUGUCCCGGAGAAGUUCGGCAACUGUUUAGUGAUCGUAACUAUCAAGAGGGACGACUACGCUCCCGUGUUCACCCGUACCCCUUACCAGGCAACUGUCCAGCGUCUGUCGCCCGUCAACAUGACCGUCAUCCGAGCUACCGCCACUGACCAGGACUUACAAGGAGAUGUCCACUAUGACAUCCUGGGGAACUAUCCUGCUCCAAGCUUCUUCGAGAUCAACGCUGCUACUGGUGACAUCACAAUCAAGCGAUCACUAGCAUUUGACAGCCUCCUGACAAACACGUACUUUGUGACAAUGGUUGCUUUUGAUACGGUGUACCCCAACAAUAGGGCUACCGCCACAGCCACCAUCUCUGUGAACAGGAACCCCAAUGGUCCUACAUUCAACCCACAAGUCUACAAGCGACAGAUAGACGAGGACACAUCCCUCGGGGCGCUUAUCGUGGAUGUCAACGCUACUGACUUGGAUAACGACGUCAUCCGUUACAGUCUAAACGGCGAUACCCUUGACAACGAAUUCUUCUACUUGAACGAAGACACUGGCUACAUUUCCUUGAGGAGAAACCUUUUGUCUGUCACUGAUCGGCAGUUUAGAUUCAACGUUAUCGCAAGUGACCAGUCCAAUCCAGAACGGAUUUCAACAGCUAACGUCAUCGUUAACAUCAUCCGCGAUGAGGCUCCACCCCAGUUCGUCCAACUGCCCUAUGAUACGGUUGUCCUUGAGACAUCAACUAUCGGAACGUCAGUGUACAGCGUUUCCGCCAUCGACUCCGACAUCAAGGGCACCAUUGUGUACUCGGCUACCGGAGACCUGCAAGCUCCUUAUUACUUUAAUAUUAACGAAACAAAUGGAAUCGUCACCGUCCGCAACAACAUCAGAGACGAUGUCGCAUCUCAAUAUGCUCUGCGUGUGGCCGCCUUUGACAGCGCAUCUCCCGGGAAGACGUCCACGGCCCUGCUGAAUAUCCAGGUUCUAAGAAACCCCAGCUCUCCCAUCUUCACAAGCAGCCGUUAUGAGAUCACGAUCCCAGAACACCAGACUCUUGGGUCUGUAGUGCAACAAGUCAUGGCUAGCGAUCCUGACGGGGACGUUCUGCGAUUCAACUUGGAAAUAGACAACACUGCCGGUGCAUCCAACAGCCUCCUGGCCCUAGAGUACUUCUACAUCCUGGAACAGUCAGGCGUCAUCUACCUCCGUAAACCUCUAACAGACGAUAAGACCGACACUGCCAGAUUCACGAUGUUGGUCCGAGCACGUGAUCAGCGAGACAAUGAGAAGCAGUCGUUCACCGUCGUCGUCGUCAACGUAGAGAGAGACCAGUUCCUGCCUGUGUUCCAACAGACGCCGUACAUCACCGGGCUAGCGGAGACCACCUCUGUAGGCACUGUUGUCUUUAGACCAUCGGCAUUUGACAGAGACCUUGUGGAAGAACUCGAGUACAAAAUGAUCGGCGACACCAUCGGCCCCUACUACUUCGGCAUCAACUCUACCAACGGCGUCAUCACACUGAAGAACAACCUCAGGACAGACAAUGCUAAUUUCAAUUACAUCCUGAGAUUGACAGCUAUUGACACCGCCUACCCGACCGAGAUCGCCACCGCAACUGUGGACAUCCGGGUCACUCGCAACAUCAACCCACCUCAGUUUACACAGUCCCCCUACCGCGUCAUCAUCAACGAAACAGCUGGUGUAGGCGUCGGCAUAAUGCAGAUUUCUGCCACGGACGCUGACGGGGACCGAGUGAUCUACGAAGCAACUGGCGACAAUGACACCCUCCAGUACUUCUUCCUGUCUAGCGACACCGGCCUCAUCAGCAUCAAGAAACCGCUCACAUCCUCAUCUAGAUCUGAUUAUAGGAUGACGAUCAUAGCUCGAGAUCAGGGCAACCCUGAACAGAGCUCGCCCGUCCUUGCCCUCAUCACCGUCAUCAGAGACCAGGCUUCUCCUUUCUUCAUCAACACACAGGAUUACAGCACCGUCAUCAACGAAGUCCUUCCCGUCGGCAGUACCGUCUUCAACGUAACCGCACAGGACGGUGACCUUCUCGGCGCCAUCAACUACGAACUUAUUGGAGAUUAUCCAACCCAGAGUUUCUUCAGCGUGGACAAACUAACUGGGAGUAUUGUCACAACUGAUAGCUUGAAGAGUGACAGCCUCAGAGCAUCCAGAUAUGUGGCCCGGAUAAUUGCUUAUGAUACAAUUCGUCCAAUGGUACGAGCAACGUCAACAGUUGAUAUCAUUGUACUGAGGAACCCUAACAAACCCCAAUGGCUUCAGUCCGCCUACAUCCAGAUCAUCUCCGAGACCAUGAUGGCGGGGACUAGUGUUCUCAACGUCACGGCCACUGACAGGGAUGCUGAUGAUACUGUGACCUAUGAAAUCCUGAGUCAAACGUCAAUGCCUUUUGGUCUGAAAACUCCUUACUUCUACAUUGAACGCCAAACUGGUAUAAUCACCCUGAGAGAGUCUCUUUUCAACAACGACGUCAGCCAAGUUCUGAUAUUCCUCAGAGCCUGUGACAACGGUAUUCCCACACAGUGUGCUAACUCCUCAGCAGGCAUCGACAUUAUUAGGAAUCAGUUCUCCCCAGUUUUCCAAAACCUUCCAUACCAGAUCGUUCUUCCCGAAGCAACAGAGCCAAGCACCCAGAAUACCCUUCUCAACGUCUCAGCAAUAGAUCAAGAUCUGAUUGGUCAGAUUGUAUAUGAGCAGGUGCUUCCUGGCAGUGCCUACUUUGACGUCAAUCCUGCAUCAGGGGCGAUUACUCUCAGAUCGAGUCUACUCCUCGACAGCAGACUUCAAAUCGUGUUCCAGGUAUUGGCGUACGAUGACAAACACCCCCAGAGAAAGACAACAGCUGAUGUAACUGUCAGUGUGUUGAGGAACCCAAGUGGACCUCGCUUCCUCCGAGAUCCUUAUGAGGUGACAGUGUCGGAGACGUACCCUCUUGGCGACAGCCUCAUCAACACCACCGCCGUGGACUCCGACGGGGAUACUCUCCGGUACUCUCUCAUGUCCUUAUCAAUCGACGAGAAUCUCUUCUACAUCAACCCCGACAAUGGCCUCAUCUCUCUCAGGAAACUUCUCUCAGCUUCCGCAGCAACAAGAUACUCGCUCACUGUUAAAGCCACAGAUCAGAGAAUUCCGGAACAAACUGCUUCUGCCCUGGUACUGAUUUCUGUGACACGGGACAAUAGUGCACCAUUUUUUGUGGGAGCACCCUAUGCUGUCAACGUACCCGAAAUUCAGGAGGUCAAUUCCACCAUUCUCGCUGUCAGUGCUCGGGACAACGACCUGAAAGGGUCUAUUCAGUACGAAGCCGUCGGGGUUUACCCCGCAACAUCCUUCUUCAAUGUUGAAUCAGCCAGUGGGAAGAUCAGAAUCACCCGUAGCCUGCUGACAGAUGGCCUCCUGUUCACGUCCUAUACAUUGAGAGUGGUCGCCUUUGACACGGCCUAUCCAACAACGAGAGCCACAAGUGAUGUGACGAUCGUUGUUAUUCGAAAUGAAAACGGGCCUAUUUUUCUCCCAUCCGCGACAUACGAAACACAGGUGUCAGAAGAUGUCGUCAUUGGAACUAACGUCAUCCAAAUCACCGCAGUCGAUCAAGACGCAGGGGACGUUGUGACGUACCAGUUGGUGAACGCCACAUCUAGUGGAGCUCAGUACUUCUUCCUUGACCGCGAUGCCGGCAUCAUCAGCACCAAGAAAACCCUCAGUGAAGCAACCUCUGACCUAUACACUAUCAACCUCAAGGCAGAAGACAACCGAGGUCGAUUUGCUCAAGCAUCAGUUCGGAUCAUAAUAGUCCGUGUUACAGACAACCCGCCUGUCUUCCUUAGCACACCAUACAGAGCUACCAUUGACAUCAACAGGCCCCUCAAUUCAUCUGUCAUCAAUGUGCGGGCAGUCGACCCAGACUUCGACAAUGAGAUCCGGUAUGACCUAGUCGGCUACUUCCCUGGGACCGAAUAUUUCACCUUGAACCCGAAUAGUGGGGAGAUAACUCUGAAGAACAACUUUGGGAUUGAUACAUACAAGACCCUUCUCUACGUGCUACGAGUAGAGGCUUAUGAAGUCUUGCGUCCUGAAAUCCGUGUCGCCGAGGACGUGUUGAUCGACAUCAUCCGCAACCCCAACCCCCCCAUCUUUCGCAGAGGCUUGUACGCUGUGACCAUCCCCGAGUCAACAGCCCAGGGAGCGAGUGUCAUACAGAUCAACGCUACUGAUGCGGACGGGGACAUCCCGAUGUACCAGAUUAUACAGUCCACCGCCACUGGUCAAGACGCAGCUCAGUUCUUCUUCUUGAGUGCCUCAACAGGCGUCAUCAGUGUUCGAAAACCACUCACAGAAAGCAACACUCGACAGUACACAUUCACUGUGCAAGUCCGCGACCAAGCCUUCCCUGAGCUCUUCAGCACAACCACCGUCCAGAUCACCAUAGAGAGAGAUCAGUUCACACCCCUCUUCACUCAGACGAACUAUGUCAUCGCUAUCACUGAGAAUACUGAUGUCAACUCCACGCAGCCUCUUCUUGUGGUACAGGCAGUUGACAACGACAGAAGGGAAUCUAUUGUGUAUGAAGCGAUCGGAGAUGGGUCAGCUCUGGCUUUCUUCAGAAUCGACUCAGCCUCUGGCGCAAUAUUUGUCAAAACACCACUUAUCCAGGACAGCCUUGUUCAAUAUACACUUCGUGUACAAGCCUUUGACACGUUCUAUCCAACCAACAUCGGCUAUUCCACCGUUAGCAUCAACGUCGUGCGUAACCCCAGCGGCCCCAUCUUCAGCACCAACGAGUAUGCCAAGUCAUUGCUGGAAUAUACUCCUGUAGGAUCCAAGAUCAUCACCGUCACUGCAACUGAUGCUGAUGGGGAUGCCCCAGUCUAUUCUAUUGUGGGAAGUACUGAGGCCAUGCAGUAUUACUACAUCUCGCCCAGGUCAGGGGACAUCUUCCUUAAGAAAGCCCUCCAUGAAAACCCAAGUAACCAAUACCAGAUCUCCGUGCAAGCCUCGGACCAGCGUAAUCCCGUCAGAUUAACCAAUGCAACAGUUUUUGUGAACGUUGUAAGAAGCCAGCCUCCUCGCUUUGUCCAAGGACCCUACUCCUUCAGUACUUCAGAGAAAACAGCGAUUGGCUCGUCAGUCUACAGUGUCAGUGCCAUCGACUCUGACCAACAGAAACCGAAAAUUAACACAGACUUUCGAUUUCAGGGCACCGUCAUGUACGACAUUCUCGGUGAUGCCCCGGCGCCAAGCUACUUCGCCAUCAACUCAACUACGGGUGUUGUGACAGUCCGCUCCAACCUACUGCUAGAUACGAACCAGAACUAUGUCCUCCGUGUCAAGGCGCAUGACUCAGCGUUCAUGUCUCAGUCAGCGACAGCCAUCAUCACCAUCUUCAUCGCAAGGAACGACAACCCACCUAUCUUCAUCAGGGAACCAUAUGCUAUCGAGCUGCCGGAAGAGUUCCCUCUAGGACAACGAAUUUUCAACGUAACUGCGGAGGAUGCAGAUAACGACAAGAUCCGUUACAGCAUGUUAAACUCCAACCUCAUCGACUACUUCUACCUCAACCCAGACACUGGCGUCAUCUUCCUGACGAAGAGUCUUGAAUCAGCAGCCCAAAGCAGCUUUUUGUUGUUGGUACGGGCAAGUGACAGCCGUAUCCCUCAACGUAGCAACGAUGCGACGGUGACAAUUACUGUCAGAAGGAACCAGUUCAUACCCCAGUUUGUUGGUCUUCCCUACACCGUCACCAUUGCCGAGACGCGCCCUGUCAACGACACCAUCCUCUCUGUAGCCGCCGUCGACAACGACCAAAGGGGCACCCUUGUAUACGAGGCUGUAGGAUUCUACCCAGCACAGAGCUUUUUCGGUGUUAACAACGCGACCGGCCAUAUCACCAUACUACAAUCGUUGAAAAAUGAUGGCCUCGCUCGCACAGAAUACACGCUCCGAGUGGUUGUUUACGAUAACAUGGUCCCUGCUCAAAGACUUUCAGCAGAUGUCUUGGUGUCCGUCGGACGCAAUCUGAACGCACCAACCUUAACUCAGACCCGAUAUUCUCAGACUGUCGACGAAGAUUACCCUCUCGGGGUCCCAGUUCUCAACGUGACUGCUUCGGACCUUGAUAGGGACACCAUCUCCUAUGACAUCGUGGCUGAUAACAGCAGGGGAUCUGCACUUUCGUUUUUCUUCAUUGAGCGACCAACUGGGGCUAUUUUCCUUAGACAACCACUAUCUGCAUCAAAUGCUAAUACGUUUUCGAUGACGGUCCGAGCCACAGACAGUGGUCGACCAAGUCGUGAGGCGAGGGCGGAGGUUAUCGUGUAUGUACGAAGGGAUGAGUUUGCCCCUCGGUUCGAGAAAUCCCCAUACGUUGUUGUCAUCCCCGAGACCGCCGCCAACGCCUCGGCAAUAUUCACCGUCACCGCCACCGACCAGGACAGACAGGGCUCAAUCCAGUACAGUGUGAUGGGAGUUCCGCCAGCACCAACCUUCUUCACUGUUACAUCAAGUGGCAAUAUCGUCGUGAGAGGCGACCUCCGAAAUGACCGCGCUAUGAACUAUGUCCUGCGUGUUCGAGCUGUCGACAGCGCCAAUCCUAGCCUGUACACCGAGGAGGAUGUGAAGAUUUCUAUACUGAGGAACGUCAACCGCCCUAGCUUCCAACAACAGUCCUACUCCACACGGAUCUCCGAGACAACGCUCAUUGGGACAUCACUGUUGAAUGUCGUCGCUAACGACGCCGACAGUGAUCGUCUUACUUACGAUAUAAGCGGCGACGAGCGAUGCGUCACCGUGUUUUAUAUUGGAGCAGAUAAUGGAUUCAUGUACCUACGGCAGUCAGUUGUGGACACGGCUGAUAGUUCAUUUACAUGUACCGUAUCCGUCUCUGACAAUGGCUACCCCACUGCCAACACUGCAACAACAACAGUCUUCAUCGGCAUCGACCGCGACACCGUCCUACCUGUCUUCUCAGACAAUGGUAGAUACGCCAUCAACAUCAACGAGAACAUCGCCGUCGACAGCUUCAUCACCUCCGUGCAAGCGACAAGACAGAACCUGGCUGGUCGGAUGUAUUAUGAAAUUAUCGGCAACUACCCUGCUCCAAGCUUCUUCAAGGUUCAAAAUAUGACCGGGGAAAUCACUGUUGAGGAAAACCUCCGCAAUGACAAUCUCCGCCUUGGGUCCUACACGUUGCGAAUCCGUGCCUAUGACACAAGCGUGCCGCACCUAGCUGCCAUUGCCGAAAUGUACAUAACGGUACUGAGGAAUCUCAACGGGCCCGUGUUCAGUCCCUCCACGUACAGCGUCACCCUCAGGGAAGAUGUGGAGGUGGGGACCUACAUCCAGAAACUCAACGUAUCGGAUCCCGACGGCGUUCAGCUAAGUUGUUCUGUGGACGCACAGGCCUUUUUCGCCAUCGACGCAAGCACCUGCUUACUACGAGUUUCCCAAGCUCUUUCGGGCGAUCUUAGCAAGGCUACUGAAUACACCGUAAGUAUAGUAUGA